AUGGCUGCAAACACCAACAGCUAUUCCUCCAAGAGAGUAGCAAGAUUGCAUCCGAUAAAUGCAGUGUGGACCUGGGGCCUCUUUUGUGACGUGGCAGCUGAAAAGACUGGGGCACUCGCCACAGCUGAUGAAAAGCCUAAGGAGGGAGUCAAGACUGAGAACAAUGAUCACAUCAAUUUGAAGGUGGCGGGACAGGAUGGUUCUGCGGUGCAGUUUAAGAUGAAGAGGCAUACACCCCUUAGUAAACUAAUGGAAGAAUACUGUGAUGACAGGUUGGAAAUACAGGAUGAAGAUACAAUUGGCAUGUUCCAACAGCAGACAGGAGGCGUCUACUCAAGAGGGAACCAGCUACUUCACUCCAGAACUCUGUUCUCAUAG